UGACUUUAGAACCAGCUAUUUUAUCCAGUGGUGGGAUCAAUGCAGAUAAUUUGGCAUUGACCGAAUCAGACUCACACUGUUGAUAAUCUUAUUAUUCUUUUCCAACACUUUAUUAUAAACAUUUGUUACUAUAAAAACAGUGGUUUACAUGACUUCGAAAAUAGAAUGAAAACCAAAUAAUCUCUAGUCCACGAGUUUCGUUAAUCACUCGACGCAGUUUCCUCAUUUUCCUCUAAAUCACUCCCUCACCGUUCGAUUUUUUUGUUUCCACGAGCUGAUGUUUGAAUUGUGAUCAAAUUACUAUGUUUAUGGAUCGUCGAGAGAGAAGACUUUCUAAUCGCAACGGCACUCCUCCUGAAUACACCAACGGAAAAUUCCGCGACGAUAAAAAUGGUUACGGUGGAGGAUUCUUCUUAGAUCCUUCUAGUCCGAACAUUCUUCGGAUCCCGUCUCCGACUUCUUCUUCUCCUCCUCCGCGUUCCAGCUCCCCUGACCGUGGCUACAUUGAGCACCGCGUCUCCAAGUUCGAUACUCUCGCCGGCGUUGCCAUCAAAUACGGCGUUGAGGUUGGAGAUGUUAAGAAGAUGAAUGGGCUUGUUACUGAUCUUCAAAUGUUUGCUCUCAAGUCUCUCCGGAUCCCUUUACCUGGAAGACAUCCUCCUUCUCCUUGUUUAUCUAUCGGCUCCUUACACCAUGGAGAGGGAUGUUCAUGCCACGAACUGGAACCCCAAAACGAUACCAACAGCGACGCGUUUGACUCAUUCCAGUCUCUGAGGUUGAAAUCUUCAAAGAAGAAAGGCUACUACGGGCUAAAGCCACCAAUCAGAACAGUUUCUGUAGGAGGAAGCUUAGAGAUGGGUACUUACAAGAAAGAAAGCAACGGUGAUAGUCAAUACCUCAGACCUUUCCCAUCCACAAACACUCCCUUAAACCACCACAGGAAGUCCAGAAGCUUAGUCAAUGCACUUCUCGAAGAGUUCAACCAAUCAUCUCAAGAACCGAGUUCCAAUAAGUUUAUGAGAAGGCGACAAAAGUCCGAAGCCGACUUUACAUCCCGGACUCCAGAGCUUAUGUUGAAAGAAGAGAACACUAGCAGCAGCAACGGCGGGUUCUUAUCAUCAGUAGGAGGGAAAGGUUUAGCUUUGAGAUCAAAAGCCUCGAGUAGAACUAGUCUAUCAUCAGCAGAGUCUGAGACUUGUAGUUUCAAUCCAGUACCAAUGAACUUGAUGGAUGCUCCAGUUUCAGACAGCUUUGCCAGUGUAAGAAAAUCUUCAAGUGCAUCGAGUUUACAAGAUCCAGACGGUAACAGCAAUAACGGUUCAUCGUCACUGUCUCUAUGGUCGACUUCUACACCUGCUGCUAUUACAAGCUCAAUCUUUGAUGGGUUGCCUAAGCCUUUAACAGGGAGGAGAAACAAAACGGCUAUGGACUAAAGUAAAAUGGUCAGUUUCUCUUUUAUUUAAUUGUCACAUUCUUUUUGUUGAAACUAUACAAAUCAAAAGUAGAAGAAGCUGUGUUUAGGCCUUAGUGCGGAGUAAAUAGAAGUAAAGAGAGUAUAGAACAUCUGAAGUUGUGAUGGUGAAUGUAAUACUUUUUUUAAUUAUAAUGAGCAUACAAAAAAACAAUCAAAACAAGAAGGUUACCUUUCU